CGCGCCCCCCCCCCGGGAACCCAACGUAAACCCACAAGGCCGUGAAGCCCCUUCCUCUCUCUCUCUUCCCUCCCCCCCACCAUAUCUCCCCUUUUCCCGUCAUAUAGGAUUCUUCUUGUUGUCCCCAAACUGCACUCUUCCUCUUUGAUUCGUGCCUUCUUGUAGCUCCAAAGACCUCGAACAUACUCCCUCUCCCCUGCCCAGCUCCUAGGGUUUCAAUUUUCCAGGGUUUAAGGGCUGCAUUAGCUCUCUAGAUCGGUCUAAAAGCGUAUUUGGUUUCAAAAUCUGAUUUUGGGGUCAUCUGCAGCCAGAUCAAAGGGGUUGCUAUCGGUUUUUGCGAUGGUUCGAUGCAGUCACUGCGGGGAUGACACACCCGUCAUUAAAGACCCGGACAAGGGAUACAUAAUCUGCGGUUACUGCGGGAAGAUUCUUGAUCAAGAUUUGUAUGCUACAGAGCCUACUUUCAUAAAGGAUAGUAGUGGCCAGAGUCGGUUGGCUGGUUCCAUCCUGCACAGUGUUCAGAGCGGGUAUUCUGCAUCUCAUGAAAGAACUUUAAUGAAGGGGAGAGAUGAGAUUAGGGAUAUUGUAAAUAGUCUGCGAGUGGGUGGUGGGGAUUCUAUAAUCAACAAAGCUCAUGCUUUUUAUCAAAUAGCUGUUGACAAGAAUUUCACUAGGGGGCGUAGAACAUCUCACGUUGCAGCUGCUUGCCUUUACAUUGCCUGUCGGCAAACUAAGAAAGCAUACCUUCUUAUCGACUUUUCAGACUACCUACAGAUAAAUGUUUAUGUGUUAGGUGCUGUGUUUCUACAGCUCUGCAAAACAUUAAGUCUUGUGGAACAUCCAAUUGUCCAGAAACUUAUUGAUCCCAGCCUUUUCAUCCAUCGAUUCACAGAGCGUUUGUUGGGCCGAAAAAAUAAUGCAGUUUCUGAAACUGCACUGCGGAUAGUAGCUAGCAUGAAGCGAGAUUGGAUGCAGACAGGGAGAAAACCUAGUGGAUUAUGUGGUGCAGCAUUGUACAUAUCUGCACUUUCUCAGGGGCUCAACUAUUCUAAAUCUGAUAUCGUAUCCGUUGUACACAUCUGCGAGGCAACACUGACUAAACGUCUGAUUGAAUUCGAGAAUACUGAGUCCGGCUGCUUGACGAUUGAAGAGUUUCUUACACGGGCAGAUGAGUUUAAUGAAGAGUCUCAUUCAAGCCAAUUGCCAAAAGCUGGUGAAGUGCUGUGUAAACACAAGGAUACGGCUUCUCAUUUUGCCCAUGGCCUUUGUAAAAAAUGCUAUGAUAAAUUCAUCAAAAUAUCUGGAGGACUUCAAGGUGGUGCAGAACCUCCAGCCUUCCAACGUGCUGAAAGGAAGAGAAUGGAAGAAGCAAACAAAGAGGAAAAGAUGAGAGAAUCUAGCCAUGACGCUCAGUUUUUUGACAACAAAGACAGUUCUAUACAGGAAAAGGAAGGAGCCAAAAUUUCUGCCAAGGUUACUUCAGAUGAAACUGGAUAUGAAUCACAAACCUCUAAAGGACAUGAAAGUGUUGGAUAUGAAGCUGCAGAUGCGUCUGGUGGCAAUGAAUCCCAGGAACCAGAUGGCCAACCAGUUGACACUACAGUCGAUGAAUCCGAAACAUUUUCAGAUAUUGAUGAUGUCGAGGUUGAUGGAUACCUCCACAAUGAGGAGGAGAAGCAUUUUAAAAAAAUUAUCUGGGAAGAAAUGAACAGAGAAUAUCUUGAGGAACAAGCAGCUAAGGAAGCUGCUGCUGCAGCUGCAAAGGAGGCUUAUGAAGCCAAUUUUGCAGAUAGUUCUGAAGAUCUGCUUGCUGCUCGGGAACUUGCUACAGCAACUGCAGCAGCUCUAGCGAAGUCCAAAAAGGAAAGAAAACAAAAACGUGCUGAAGAAGCUAAGAAUUCAACUCCUGCCCGAACUCCUCUCGAAGCAACACGUCAAAUGCUUAAGCGAAAGACCUUCAGUUCAAGAAUCAACUAUGGAGCAUUGGAGAGUCUAUACACUUCUGAUCAAGAAAAUGGGAAGAAACAGAAAGUUGAAUCAGAUACUGGUGAUGCCGAUGGUCACCCUGACAACAUCAAAGAGAAAGUUAAUUCAGGGACAGCGGAUGAUGGUGAUGAGGCUGGAGCAUUUGAAGACGGUGAUCUUGCUGAGGAAGCAGACUAUGAUGACUAUUAUGGAAAUGGAGAUGAAGACCACGCAUAUGGCGAUGAUUAUGGUGAUGAUUACUGAAACGAGAUGCCAAUUUCUGUGUUGGAGGACCUCAUGAAUCACCUUCCCCACAAGCAAGCUUGCUGCUGCAGCCUAAUUUCCAAGCCCCAUUUUAGUUCCAAGAAGCCAUUCCCGCUACAUCUUUCAAAUAUUUAAUUACACUCUCUCUGUGUGUGCAUGAUGAAGAACGAGUCGCAAAGCCCUGAUAGGAAGGUCAGAGCCUUUCCACUGCUAAGAAAAUAUGGGCAGAUCCCAAGUUCACCUGGAUCAUGCUCCCUGUCGUUGAAAUGGGAAUCGUGUUCUCGUUUCUCUUCCAUUUUAUAAGUCAAGCUACGUGUUAAAGGGUGGGGAUCAUGUUGUCAUUGCUCCUUCAUCAUAUAAAGUUAUGCUCUUAGGGGGUAGUGACAUAGCAGCAGCAUGUCAAUGGCAGUUGCAACACUUUGCUGUCUCUUCUGGGAUAUGACAUGGGCAGUCACUUUCAUUACAUUCUUCCAUCUACAAAUUAACAUGCCAUGGCCGAGCCAUUAUGGCGAGCAUCUAAUUGCCGAUGGUCAUACCAGCAAAGUGUGCAUGCUGUGAUGAAGAUGGUUUCUUGAGCAGUGCUCCUGGUUGUACAUUUCUAGUAUUGCUGGAUGGUGUAGUUCUGAAGCAUAUAGAGUUUUAUCUUGAAGUGCAGCAACUAAGAAUUUUUCUUUCAAGAAACAAUAAUACACCGUGUGACAGCUGCAGAAGGCCUGAGAAAUUUUCAGACUGGUCUGUUGGUAGCAAGGUUUUGUAAGCCAAUGGUUUUAUUGUCAAACCCAAACAUCAUUGACUCAUUUACAAACCCUAACAUCAUUGACUCAUUGCCUUCAUCUUAAGAUAACAGCUGAGGAUAUACCUUUCUGUCAAAAAUUAAAUGUUUUAUUCUAAUGAACCUUUAUUGUACUGAUUUCCACCAAGCAGGGAAACAGGGGCUGCAUGGGAUUUUUUUGGCUCAGCAUUGAAGUCUUGGAAGAACAGUAAGGCAAGUAAUGGCAAAAUGUAGAUAGUGAUCCAUUGCAAACAGAAACAUGAGAAUAUUUGCGUUCAGCAGCAUCUUCAUGUGCCAUAUGAACAAACACCUUUUUAUGUACAAACAUCAUAAGGUAUCCCAAAAACCAAUGCAUUCAAAAAAAAAAAAUCCCAAGCUUGACAGAUUUUAAUGCUACUCAAGUUGAUCACUACUCUAGUGCCAAAGAGAUGGAUGAUGGAAGAUUCUUCUGAGGCGACAGCUCAUCUUUCAGCUUGAACUCAAUUUCAUGGUCAACAAUUGGAAGAUGACCAAGCUCCAGUUCAAAAGGAAGAUCAACAAUGUUUUUCUUAACUGAAAGCAAAAAAGUAGCACAUAUUAGAAGAAAAAAUAAUACUCAAAUUUACAAGACAGUAAAAAGUGGGUAUUGCAUGAGCAUAUGUUGCAUUAGAAACUACAAUAUGUAUACAAACACACACAUGGGUCAAGAUGAGGUUAUAUGUGGUGCAAUUUUUAUGGAGUUGCACCUAUUUUUUGAAUUGGAUGGAGUUCCCCAUCGUUCAUUUAUCUCUAAACUAUUUAUGAAUCAAAAAUUAUGUGAUUUGG